AAAUGUGUCGGCUCCAGUCAUUACAAAACAGCAAACUAGAUAGGCUGGACACCAAAAUUUUCCCCUGCGUUGGAGCGCAAUGCCGACCUCAGAUUUCGUUUUGGGCGGCGUGGCUGCCAUGAUGGCGGGGAUUUUUACCAACCCCAUUGAGGUUGUCAAGACCCGGAUGCAACUGCAAGGAGAGUUGGCCGCCAGAGGAACCCACGCCAAGCCCUACAAGAAUGUAUUCCAGGCCUUCGUAGCAGUGGUCAGGAACGAUGGAGUCGCGGGCCUUCAAAAGGGUAUAGCUCCCGCAUUGUGUUUCCAGUUUGUGAUAAACUCCUGCAGAUUGGGUAUCUUCAAGGUUGCUUUGGACAAUGGUUGGGUGAGCAAAAACAAAGAGGAGGUAUCCUUUGUACGAGGCAUGUUCUGGGGCGCUACGGGAGGCUCUGUGGGCGCUCUUUUGGCCAAUCCAUUCUUUUUGAUGAAGGCCCAGCUUCAGGCCCAAUCUGCUGGAAAGAUCACUGUUGGUUAUCAGCACCAACACACCUCGAUGUUCGACGCUAUAAGGAAUAUUUGUAAAGUCGGCGGAAUUGCCGGACUCUGGCGAGGAUCUUCGGCGAAUCUGGUGAGGGCUUCAGUCGCCUCGUCAGUCCAGAUGGCCACCUUUGGUUGGGUCAAGUCACCUCUGAGGAACAUGGGUUUCAAUCCUCUGGCUGUGUCAUUCCUCUCGGGACUAUCAGCCGGCUCAUUAUUGUCAUGCGUCGUCACUCCACUGGAUUUGAUCACUAUACGGCUGUACAAUCAGGGUUUGGAUGCCCAGGGAAAGGGGAUUCUGUACAAGGGAUGGUUCGACUGCGUCUUUAAGGUCAUGAAAACUGAGGGAAUAUAUGGAUUUUAUAAGGGCUUUGGACCCAUAUAUGCGCGAAGUGCUCCACACUCGACUCUUAUGCUUUUCUUUUUUGAUCAAUUGAUCGCCGUAAGAACUAAAAUCUCUCAGAAAUAAUAAAAAUAAAAAAUGC